ACUUCCUCUGUGUUUUGGAGAUGUUUUCAAAUCGGUUCACAUGGUUUAACAGUAAAUGUAAAACGACGGUUGUAUCAUAUUUAAAUCCUGUUCAAUAUGAUAAACGCGGAUGAAGUGGCCGAGUUGUGUUACGAGCGUUUCCGCCGGCUGCCCCGGAGAGGGAAGCCCGAAUCGGGCAGAGAGUGGAGCCUGCUGGCCGCUGUGCUCCGGAUCACCCGGAGUCCAAACUGUGGCUCAGUUGAGAUGGAGGUGGUCUCUUUGGGAACUGGGACUAAGUGCAUCGGGAAGGCAGCCAUGAGUCCCGCCGGAGACGUUCUCAACGACAGCCAUGCAGAAGUCAUCGCCAGGAGGGGUUGCAUCAGGUGGAUGUAUCUGAUCCAGGAGCUACACGGAGCUGUGAGCGGUCGCUGCAACUCGCUGUUUCGCCAGGUGGAUCAGAGAGGGAAGUGGAGGCUUCAGCCUGGAGUUUCCUUCCUCCUCUUUACCAGUCAUACUCCAUGUGGUGACGGUUCCAUCAUUCCCAUGACUGACUCCGAGUCCCAGCCCUGCCCUCCUGUCACAUCUGUGAGCAGCUGUGAAGAGACUGAUGGAGGAAAGAAGCUGAAAAGGAAGGUUGAGGAGCCAGGCGAAAGAGGAAAAUUUAAGCUGCAUCGUCUCGAAGAGAAAGAGACAAAAGAAGAAGAAACGGGCCAGUUUGAAUUCAGGACUUAUCCCACUGAAACACCUGAUGGAGACGUGUCGGUUCCUGCUGCAGUGACGGAGCUCAGACCAGGAGACUCUGCAAACGUGAGUCCGUCACGGGUCAGGGAUGUUCACAGGACUGGCGCCAAGUGUGUCCCAGGUGGCCCGGUGGACCCUCUGCACCCUGGGCCGAGGUACCACAGUACCGGCGUCCUCCGUGUGAAGCCGGGACGAGGAGAACCGACUUUAUCCCUGUCUUGCAGCGACAAACUGGCCCGCUGGGGGGUGCUGGGCUUCCAGGGUGCGCUGCUGUCUCAUUACCUGGAGGAGGCGCUGUAUUUCAGCACUGUGGUGGUGGGAAAGUGUCCGUACAGCCAAAAAGUCAUGGACAGAGCCUUGGUCACAAGGUGCUCCCACGUGUCAGGCCUGCCUGAUGGUUUCUCUGUUUGCUCACCACUGCUGCUGCAGUCCAGCCUGGAGUUCCCGUUCAGCCAGAACCAAACCGAGCUUCAACACCGGGCUGGGCGCAUCUCCCCGUGUGGAGCAGCUAUAAGCUGGUGUAAUGUUGCAGAUCAGCCACUAGAUGUCACUGCCAACGGCUACAAACAUGGAGUCACGAAGAAAGUCCUGGGAACACCUAAAGCCAGGUCUCUUCUGUGUAAACUGGAGCUUUUUCAUUCGUUCCUGUCUCUAGUAGCGGCCACUGACCCUUCAGCUCUGCCCGACUCUCUCAGGUCGGGAGAGCUGCACACCUACUGGGACUAUAAGCAGGCCUCCCAGUCGUAUCAGCAGGCCUGGCAGCAGCUGCGUCAGCAGGCCUUCCCUCUGUGGCCUCGCAGCGACAGAAACCUCCUCCUGUUUCACUGAAAACCGACUCCGCAGCAGGAAUGUCCUCGUCGGGCUCGAUGAAAAACCUGCUUUGUUGCAGCACCAACUCAGAGGUCAUGUGUGGAAAUAAGGCUGCUUUUAAACCGAUUUUAAACCGAGGAUGGCAGAAAGAGACAUUUUUCAUCACAAAGCGUUUGUUUCCGCCCGCUGUCUAUUGGCUCAGCUGCUCUGUAGCUCAGGGUCCACAGCGGGACGGCCCGCUCCGUCCUGCUGUUCAGAGGGGCUGAUGUCUGCGUGUUACGGCUCUAUUUUCAUGUCACAUGUUGAGCUCUCUGAAAACACAGCUGGGAUGUACCUGCCUACAAGUUCCAGUUCUCUGCAUUAGUUUUCAAACUGUCCCUGCGUUUGUCCCACAGAUAAACCAGUGUGUCGGGUUUUACUUCUGGUAAUCUUUAACAGCUACAUAAAACCCAAUCGGAACUUCUUGGGUGUUGGUACGUCGUUUUCCAGAAUCGCUGAGUUAGUUUUACACCAGAUGUAACAGGACACACACCUUCCAACAAGUCCUGCUUCUGUCUCAUCUAUCCACAGAAUAUUGUUGUGGAAUUUCUUAUCAAAGUGGAGAGAAGUUGACUCACAAGAAGAGAAAAUCCGGACUUUGUCUUAAUAAGUUUUAUUCAAAGGCAUUCAGCGUUUGAAUGACUCUGUCACCGAGCAA